UGUUGUGCCUUCCACAGCUUCCCAUGCUCGUGGCCAGCAGGGUGCUCUUCCCUUCCCCUCCACCCUCUCCUCUCACAACCCUCGUGCCUCUGCCCGUGGCCGCAGGUGCUGGUGAACCUCAAUGACAUCAACGACAACUGUCCCACCUUCCCGCGGCCCUACGAGGGGCCCUUCGAUGUCACCGAGGGCCAGCCCGGCCCUCGUGUCUGGACUUUCCUGGCCCACGACGGCGACUCGGGGCCCAGUGGACAAGUGGAAUACAGCAUCAUCGCCGGGGACCCCCUGGGGGAAUUUGUCAUCUCGCCGGUGGAAGGAGAGCUGCGGGUGCGGAAGGACGCCGAGCUGGACCGCGAGAACAUCCCCUUCUACAACCUCACCAUCGCCGCCCGCGACCGGGGCGUGCCUCCCCUCAGCUCCACCAUGGUGGUGGGUGUCCGCGUGCUGGACAUCAACGACAACGACCCCGUGCUGCUGAACCUGCCCAUGAACAUCACGCUGAGCGAGAGCGCUGCCGUCUCCAGCUUCGUCACCCGCGUGCUCGCCCAUGACGCCGACCAGGGCCCCAACGCGCUGCUGACCUUCGACAUUACAGCGGGGAACACGGAGAAUGCCUUCUACAUCAACAGCACCAGUGGCGUUGUGUACGUGAACCGCCCGCUGGACAGGGAGCGGGUGGCCGAGUACAGGCUGACGGUGACGGUGAAGGACAACCCCGAGAACAUCCGCAAUGCCAGGCGGGAUUUCGACCUGCUGGUCAUUUCCAUAGCGGAUGAGAACGACAACCGCCCCCUCUUCACCCAGAGCUCCUACCAGGCUGAGGUGAUGGAGAACUCGCCCCCUGGGACUCCUGUCACAAUGCUCAAUGGCCCCAUCCUAGCUCUGGAUGCUGACCAGGGCAGCAAUGCCGUGGUGACCUACGAGCUCCUGAAGGCAUCCCCGGACCUCUUUGUUAUCAACAACAGGACAGGUGUGGUUUCGGUGAAGCCUGGUGGUGUGAUCGACCGAGAGGCUUUGCUGGACCCUCACCUGGAAUUCACACUGAUGGCUCGUGAUGUGGGGGGGCUGAACAGCACGGCCAGCCUGGCAGUGACCGUCCUGGAUGACAAUGACAACCGCCCUGUCUUCCAGCCAGCAUCCAUCACAGUGCGGCUGUUGGAGAACAGCCCUCCAGGCUUCUCCGUCCUCCAGGUGACAGCCACGGACGCUGACAGUGGCCUCAACCAACAGCUGGACUACCGCAUUGAGGGUGGUGGCCAGGACAGGUUCCUGAUCGAUGCCAGCACGGGGGUGAUCCGCGUGGCCAACAUCACCAUCGACCGCGAGGAGCGCGACGCCUACCGCCUGGUGGUGGUGGCCGUGGACCAGGGCACGCCGCCGCUGUCGGGCACGGCCACCGUCAGCAUCCUCAUCGACGACGUCAACGACUGCCGGCCCGAGUUCAUCAACCCCAUCCAGAGCGUCAGCAUCCCCGAGUCUGCUCCCCCGGGCACCGUGGUGGCCGAGGUGACGGCCAUCGACAGGGACCUGCACCCCCGCCUGGAGUACUACCUGCUGGGCAUCGUGGCCCGCGACGACACGGACGCGCUGGUGCCCGACCAGCAGGGAGCCUUCACGGUGGAUUUCAGGACAGGAGCUGUGAAGAUCAAAACUCCCCUCAACCGUGAACUAGUGGCCACCUACGAGGUCACCAUCUCUGUCCAUGACAACGCCAGCGAAGUCAUCGACCGCUCGGUCAGCGUGCCCAAUGCCAAGCUGACAGUCAACGUCUUGGACGUCAAUGACAACACGCCCCGCUUCCGCCCCUUUGGGGUCACCUACUUCACUGAGCGGAUCCUGGAGGGAGCCACGCAGGGCACCACACUCAUCUCCAUCUCAGCAGUGGACCCAGACAAAGGUGCCAAUGGGCAGAUCACCUACGAGCUGCUGAACCUCUCUCCGGAAGGUUACGCCUGUCUGGAAGACCCUUCGGCAGGGAAGGUUGUGGCCAACAGGACGGUGGACUAUGAGGAGGUGCAGUGGCUGAACUUCACCGUCCGUGCCUCCGACAACGGCUCUCCCCGCCGAUCCGCUGAGAUCCCCGUAUACCUGCAGAUCGUGGACAUCAAUGACAACAACCCUGUUUUCAGCCAACCCUCCUACCAGAAAGCUGUGUUUGAGGACGUGCCCUUGGGCACGGUCAUCCUGAGCGUCACGGCCACCGAUGCGGAUUCCGGGCAGUUCGCUCUCAUCCAGUACAGCCUGAGCGACGGAGAGGGCAAGUUUGGGAUAAAUCCCAACACGGGUGACAUCUACAUCCUGUCAGCCCUGGACCGGGAAAAGAAGGAUCACUACACUCUGACGGCCGUGGCCAGGGACAACCCUGGGGAUGUCUCCAGCAACCGUCGGGAGAACUCUGUGCAGGUGCUGAUCACGGUGCUGGACAUCAACGACGUCAGGCCCCAGUUCAGCAAGAGCCAGUUCAGCACCAGCGUGUACGAGAAUGAGCCGGCAGGGACAUCAGUGAUCACCAUGAGUGCCACCGACCUGGACGAGGGGGACAACGGCGUGGUGACCUACAGCAUCGAGGGUCCUGGAGCAGAGGCUUUCAAGAUCAAUAAGGACUCCGGGCUGGUCACAUCCCGGCGGCGCCUGCAGUCCUACGAGAGGUUCAACCUGACUGUGGUGGCCACGGACAAGGGGCAUCCCCCUCUCUGGGGCACCACCAUGCUCCACAUCGAGGUCAUCGACAUCAAUGACAACCGCCCCGUCUUCGUGCGCCCGCCCAACGGCACCAUCCUGCACAUCAAGGAGGAGAUCCCCCUGCGGUCCAAUGUCUACGAGGUGUAUGCCACGGACAAAGACGAGGGUCUCAACGGAGAGGUGCUCUACAGCCUGCUGAAGACAGGGGCAGGGAACAAGGACUGGGAGUAUUUCACCAUCGACUCGGUCAGCGGGCUGAUCCAGACAGCCAUGCGGCUGGACAGGGAGCAGCAGGCAGUGUACAACCUGAUCAUCGUGGCCUCCGACCAGGGCCAGCCACCCUACGAGACCAUGCAGCCCCUGCAGGUAGAGCUCGAUGACAUCGAUGACAAUGAACCCAUCUUCCUCAGGCCACCUAGGGACAGUCCCCAGUUCCAGGCACUCUCUGUCCCCGAGCACUCGCCGCCAGGCACCGUGGUGGGGAAUGUCACCGGCGCGGUGGACGCGGAUGAGGGCUCCAACGCCAUCGUCUACUACUUCAUAGCAGCUGGGAACGAGGAGAGCAACUUCCAGCUGAGCCGGGAGGGGAAGCUGAAGGUCCUGCGGGACCUGGACCGGGAGAAGGAGCCAUACCACUCCAUCAUCGUCAAGGCAUCCAGCCAGAGGAACUGGGCUCCUCCCCGGGGCCAGCAGGCAGCCAGGGCCCAGUUCUGGGACCUCAGCGAGGACCUGACCCUGCAGGAGGUGCGGAUCUUCCUGGAUGACAUCAAUGACCAGGCCCCCCAGUUCACCAAGUCAGAGUACACGGCGGGGGUUGCCACCGAUGCCAAGGUGGGGUCGGAGCUGAUCCGAGUGCUGGCAGUGGACGCCGACGUGGGCAACAACAGCCUGGUCCUGUACCACAUCCUGGGCAUCCGCUACAUCAAGCAGCACUCCAACGACUCCGAGGAGGUGGCCAACAUCUUCAGCAUUGGAACCCUUGAUGGCAUCCUGCGAACCUUCGACCUCUUCACUGCCUACAACCCCGGCUACUUUGUGGUGGACAUUAUGGCCUCUGACCUGGUGGGCCACAACGACACGGCCAUCGUGGGGAUUUACAUCCUGCGGGACGACCAGCGGGUCAAGAUCAUCAUCAACGAGAUCCCUGACAGGGUCAGGCAGUUCGAGGAGGAGUUCAUCAGCCUGCUCUCCAACAUCACCGGCGCCAUCGUCAACACGGAUGAUGUGCAGUUCCACGUUGACAAGAAGGGCCGGGUGAACUUUGCCCAGACGGAGCUGCUGAUCCACGUGGUGAACAGGGAGACCAACCGCAUCCUGGACGUGGAGCGGGUCAUUCAGAUGAUAGACGAGAACAAGGAGCAGCUGAGGAAUCUCUUCAGGAACUACAACGUGCUGGACGUGCAGCCUGCCAUCACUGCCCGGGCGCCCGACGACCUCUCGGCUCUGCAGAUGGCAAUCAUCGUGCUGGCUGUCCUGCUCUUCCUGGCUGCCAUGCUCUUCAUCCUCAUGAACUGGUACUACCGGACAGUGCACAAAAGGAAACUGAAAGCCAUCGUGGCUGGCUCCACUGGGAACAGAGGCUUCAUGGACAUCAUGGACAUGCCAAACACCAACAAGUACUCCUUUGAUGGGGCCAACCCGGUGUGGCUGGACCCCUUCUGCAGGAACAUGGAGCUGGCGGCGCAGGCGGAGCACGAGGACGACCUGCCGGAGAACCUGAGCGAGAUCACGGACCUGUGGAACAGCCCGGCGCGCACCCACGGCACCUUCGGCCGGGAGCCCUCGGCCGCCAAGCCCGAGGAUGACCGCUACCUGCGCGCCGCCAUCCAGGAGUACGACAACAUCGCCAAGCUGGGGCAGAUCAUGCGGGAGGGACCCAUCAAGCUGAUCCAGAAGGAGCUGGAGGACGAGGAGGAGGAGCGCAGCCCCAGCCAGGGCAGCCUGCGCUUCCGGCACAAGCAGCCGGUGGAGCUCAAGGGUCCGGACGGCAUCCACGUCGUGCACGGCAGCACGGGCACCCUGCUCGCCUCCGACCUCAACAGCCUGCCCGAGGACGACCAGAAGGUGCUGGGCCGCUCGCUGGAGACUCUGACCGCCGACUGCGGGGGCUACAGCGACCACAACGCGCGCACCGAGUCGGCCAAGUCCACGCCCUUGCACAAGAUGCGGGAGGUGAUCAUGGAGAGCCCUCUGGAGAUCACCGAGUUAUGACGAGCGCUGCUCUGCUCCUCCAGGCCAGCCGGGGAUGAAGCCCAGAGCAGGGGGCCGUGCUGGGGGCCAGGGCGCUGCUCGGCCCCCGCUCCCCCCCGCAGGAGUCCGGGCUGGCCGGUGCGCAUCGCUCCUUGGAGAGCUUGGCCCCGGCAGAGGGCUCUCAGGACCGGAAUGCUUUUACUCGCCUGUCAUUUAUCCAUGAAACCAUUAAAUUUUUUUUAUUUUUCUUAUUAAAAAAAAAAAAAGGGUUUUUUUUCUAAAAAAAAAAAGAGGGAGAAAAGAAAAGCUAAAUGAAUCUGAUGAGUCCAGACUGGACAGGGGGGAGGAAGGUGCAGUGAGGAUACAGAUGAUGUGCUGCCGCAGCAUCCCCGGGCACAGGCUGGGGACAAGCAGCUGUCACACCUCGACCACGAGCAUGGGGAGGGCCAGGGAAGCGUGGGGAGAGACCAAAUCCUUUUGGCAUUAACGUCACCUUUCCAGUAAGGAAAGACCCAAAAAAUUAAAAAGAAAAAAAAAAAUCCCAAACCCAAAGACAUUCCUCCAUUUUGCUGGCUUUACCAAAACUUGUUGCAAUGUCGAAAAACAGAGAGAGGCUAACUGGGGCUUCUGGAUGUCGAGUGCUCGUGCGUGUCUUUUGUUGCCCUUUUCUUUCCCCUUCUCUCUUGCAUUUGGGUUUGUUUGUUCGGGGGUUUGUUUCCAGUCGUGACCUUGUGGAGAGUUUCGGGCACGGUCUGUUACGGGACUCAGAAAUACACUGUC